ACUUUACAAUGGUCUCUCUUUAUGUUUUUAUACAAGGAGCAAUGAGAACAACAAAGUCUUUACAAGACGAUUCUAAUGGCGAUGAAGACCAAAGUACAUCACCCUCAGGUGUUCAUCAACUUCCGUGGAGCUGAGCUGAGAGACAAUUUCGUGAAUCGUCUUGUGAUGGCCUUAAGAGAAGGAGAGAUCAAUGUCUUUCUAGAUGUCCAUGAGUUGAAAGGGAGAAAACUAAGGUAUCUUUUGACAAGAAUCAAGAUGUCGAAAAUCACGCUCGCAGUAUUCUCCAAGUACGGCGAUUCAAAGUGGUGUUUGGAUGAGCUCGCGGAGAUGAAAGAACACAUGAAAGAAGGGACACUCGUGGUGAUCCCAAUCUUCUACAACGUAACCGCUAGUGACGUGAAAAGAGCAGGGAAUCUCUAUAUAGAGAAGCAGAUUUCAAUGGAGAGGAUAAGAAGAAAUCUUCACCAUUCGUUUCAAGCAAAUGAAGCAGAAUUACGCAAAUGAUGCCGUGACGGUCAAGAAAUGGGAGCUUGCC